CCUUAAGCUCCGCCGUCAUCGUUUCGAUUUCAUUUCAGUAUUGUUUAUCCGUGAACGCUGACUGUGGAAGUCAGAUUAAUUGAGAACUUAAUUUUAAUAGCUGGCGGCGUUUUACAGUUGGUGAUAUUCAUCUGUUUGGAGUGAAUUUUGAUGGUGUUGUCGAUUGUGAGGUUCGGCUGGUCAUGUUUCUUUCACCCUUCUCUUCACAGUCAUUAGUGGGGGCAGAGAGACCAUGUGGGAGUCACAUGCAUGCAGAAGAUGAGCAGUAAACAGAUGAUAGGAGCACAGUCCACCUCUGAAUGAAUUACACUAUGAACAUCACCACACAGACCCCUAAGACAAUCAACGGAGAUGUUGCUGUCACCUAUGUGCUGGUCCCAUUCUUCCUCAUUACAGUGAUUGGGAUAGUUGCUGCAGUGGUGAUGUACAUAAGGAGGAAACGAAGGAUUGACAGACUACGGCAUCAGCUGCUUCCAGUUUACACUUAUGACCCAGCUGAAGAGCUAAAUGAGGCAGAACAGGAGAUUCUUUGGAAGGAGGAAGACACAAAGGUGGUACAGGGUUGGAUGAGGUCUUAUCAACAGCGGCAACCACUGCUCUCAAAGGAUCAAGAAGCAUGAAAAUGGUUCACUGACUCUAUCAUUUUGCAGUAGCAGAUUUUUCUUUGUGCAUGUUUUUGUGGUUCUGCUCUUGAGCCUUGUCAAGAACCAGAUCUUGCACAUAUUAAUUCAUGGCUUUGCAGAUUUAGAAGAUGGAGCAUUUUGAGCAAUAAACCAUUGACUUUCUAUAGCAGUUUAAAGGGAUGAGAAGAGCAUUUCAGAAAUCAUCAGGAUGCCGAUGUUAGGAUACUUGUUACCUGGUAUCAGGUCUCUUUUGCAAAUAUGGUUAACCAACUUGGCUGUCUAAACAACAUUCAGUUCCCCAAGACUUAAAAAGGAUUUUAAUCUCCCACUAUUCUGCAAAUUAAUUUAUCCUAGUUUUAAGCCUGGACUUAUUUUUUACCGGAAGGGGAUGGUUGGAGCAUUAUUUAUUUCUUAAAAGAUUAUUUAUUUCCUUUUUUUUAGUUGGGGGAUGUCCCUGGAUAAGAAUAACCCAGACAGAUUGGCAGGAAUGAUUAGGGAAAAAGAAAAUAGAGAAUGCGCUCUAAUUUUUCAUAAUGGGUGUUAGAUAAUAAACAUAGGUAAGUAUGUUUAGAACCUUCUAUUUGUAAAUGAUCUUUCCCCUGAAUAAAAGACUGUUACUGUUGACAAUUGAUUGGAUGUAAAAAGUAAACAAUCUUUACCUUAA